GCAGUCGGGCCGAGGGGUCCGGCCCGGACUCUACCAAACGCGCGGCCCGCCUGCUCGCUCCGGGCCCGGCGCCGAGCCGCCCUCCGGCCGCGCCGGCCGCGGCGUCCUCCGUGCCCGGGCCGGCAGCUCCCAACUGGCCGCGGACGGCGGGGGGGAGAAGGAACGUGCGCCCGGUGGCCCGGAUUGGCCUCCAGGUCCCCCCGCCUGGGCGGCGGAGUGCGGGCGGCCCGGGCUGGGAGGUUUGAAAAGCGGGCGAGAGACAAAGGCAGCAGGAAGCCUCCUCGGCGCCCGGAGCCCGUGCUCGCAGCCCCCGGGGCCCCCCGGACCGGAGCAGCAGCGGCGGCGGCCGGCGGCGGCAGUGGCAGGAGGCAGAGGAUGCGGCAGGGGGCGUGGGAGCGGCGGCGGAGCGGGCGGAGCGGCGCGGCCCGAGCGCGGCGUGGUUAGACCCGAGGCGGCGGAGGCGGCGGAGGCGGCGGCCCGGCCGGGCUCGGGAGUGAGUGAGAGGGCGCCUUCCCCGCCCGGGAUGUGAGGACCGAGCGGAGCCCGGGGCGGGGGGAGGGAAGGGAAGGGAGGCGAAGCCGGCAGGAAGGAAGGAAGGACGGACGGACCAGGAGGAGGAGCGGCGGCGGCGGCCGGAGCCGGAAGGCGGGGAGGAGCCGUCCGUUGGGCCCGAGGCGGCGGCGGCAGCGGCCGGGGCGAACCGCUCUUGUCGCCUCUCGGGGCAGGAGCGGCGGGGCCCGCGCCUCCUCCCCCCGGCGCCGCGGAGGGGGGAGGAGGAAGAUGGAGACCCACAUCUCGUGCUUGUUCCCCGAGCUGCUGGCCAUGAUCUUCGGCUACCUGGACGUCCGGGAUAAGGGGCGCGCGGCGCAGGUGUGCACGGCCUGGCGGGACGCCGCCUACCACAAGUCGGUGUGGCGGGGGGUGGAGGCCAAGCUGCACCUGCGCCGGGCCAACCCGUCGCUGUUCCCCAGCCUGCAGGCCCGGGGUAUCCGCCGUGUGCAGAUCCUGAGCCUCCGCCGCAGCCUCAGCUACGUGAUCCAGGGCAUGGCCAACAUCGAGAGCCUCAACCUAAGCGGCUGCUACAACCUCACUGACAACGGGCUGGGCCACGCAUUUGUGCAGGAGAUCGGCUCCCUGCGUGCCCUGAACCUGAGUCUCUGCAAGCAGAUCACCGACAGCAGCCUGGGCCGCAUAGCCCAGUACCUCAAGGGCCUGGAGGUGCUGGAGCUGGGGGGUUGCAGCAACAUCACCAAUACCGGCCUCCUGCUCAUCGCCUGGGGCCUGCAGCGCCUCAAGAGCCUUAAUCUCCGCAGCUGCCGCCACCUCUCGGACGUGGGCAUAGGGCACCUGGCCGGCAUGACGCGCAGCGCCGCCGAGGGCUGCCUGGGCCUGGAGCAGCUUACGCUGCAGGACUGCCAGAAGCUGACUGACCUUUCUCUAAAGCACAUCUCCCGGGGGCUGACGGGCCUGAGGCUCCUCAACCUCAGUUUCUGCGGGGGCAUCUCGGACGCGGGCCUCCUGCACCUGUCGCACAUGGGCAGCCUACGCAGCCUUAACCUGCGCUCCUGCGACAACAUCAGUGACACUGGCAUCAUGCAUCUGGCCAUGGGCAGCCUUCGCCUCUCGGGGCUGGAUGUGUCGUUCUGUGACAAGGUGGGGGACCAGAGUCUGGCUUACAUAGCUCAGGGCCUGGACGGCCUCAAGUCCCUGUCCCUCUGCUCCUGCCACAUCAGCGACGAUGGCAUCAACCGCAUGGUGCGGCAGAUGCAUGGGCUGCGCACGCUCAACAUCGGACAGUGUGUGCGCAUCACAGACAAGGGCCUGGAGCUGAUCGCGGAGCACCUGAGCCAGCUCACUGGCAUAGACCUGUAUGGCUGCACCCGAAUCACCAAGCGCGGCCUGGAGCGCAUCACGCAGCUUCCCUGCCUCAAGGUACUCAACCUAGGACUCUGGCAGAUGACGGACAGUGAGAAGGUCAGGGAUUGCUCUGAUUUUGCCUGGUGGAGUUGCCUGUACCAACCCAGAACAUUUGGUACUAUGUAAAGUCAAGUCUUCCUGUUAAGGUGGAAGAGAAAGUAAGCUUGAGAUCUUAACUGUGCAGCACUAGUGUGGGGGUAUUUUGAGCAUCCCCACAAAUAAAACAAAACAGAAGUGGAAUUCCUCUGCUUGCUGUUUGUUAACCCAGAAAAUUGCACAUUCUUUUCUUAAAAAAAGACUUCUGUUUUUAUUAUCUCAUUGUGCUUAGACUAUAAUUGUGUAAAACACAAAUGCCACAUAUCCUUGUAAGUUCACUUUUAUUUGUGAUGGUGGAGAAUAGUGUCGGUUGCAAAGAAAAGAAUGAGGUCUUCUGCAGCAGCAAAGAAACUUAAGGGGGGACAGUGUUAGGGAUGUGAAUGCAACCUGCUGGAAGAAUUUAGUCAUGACACAGUGUUCACUUUCUGUCUCAAAUGUUUGUUUUCACAAAUCUGGUUGAUACUGCACACUUAAUUUUAUAAAUGGGGAGAGAGGCUUGACAAAGGUAAGGUUUUGCCACGGUGAUAUGAG